GGCAAUGAAAUAAUAGUGACAGCUGUUCGUCUUAUCAAAAUAUUUUGAUGAUUAUUUCCGAAGUUUUCACGUCCAGGAAACGAUACAAUCGGAAAAACGGUUCGUAGCGAAACUGCACGUGCACAAUGACGAUUCUACCGGCGAAAAGGGCGUCCACGUCCGCCGAAGAAAACAAAGAUACCAGCACCCAAAACGGCAACCCAACACGACGGGAUCAUAAUAUAUCUCAUACCAGCAGUCUUAAUGAUACCGCUUCUAACAGAAGACCGUUCCGAAGAAAAAGUACCACUCCGGAACCAAGCGAACAUUGUCUGCGCAAACGCUUUAAAGUACGCAGGAAGCAACGCGAUAACCGAGAACGCAAAGGUAAGCGAUUGGAAACCCCGGAAGAGACGCUUGAAACCGCAGCGACACCUCCAUCAUCUGAAAUUUCGGAAGUCGUCGCUUCCGAAUGCGAACGCGAACAACUUGCUCUUAACAUCGAAUCUGAAGAGGGUACCGGAUUUAAUAGUGAAGAUGAGUAUGGACCUACAUUAGGCAAUUUGAAAGAUCGACAUUUAACCGAUGAAGAAUGGUCGGCUAGAGAUGCUCUUUUCGCAAGAUGUCUAUCCGACUUAGGCUAUGAAAUUAAGCAGAUGCACGAAGAUGGAGCGUGUCUAUUUCGCGCAAUAGCUGACCAAAUAUAUGGUGACCAAGAAUUGCAUUACAUGGUUCGAAGUGCUUGCAUGGAUUAUAUUGUAAAAAACAAAGAUUUCUUCGCACCAUAUGUAACAGAAGAUUUUGACAAAUACGUUGCACGUAAACGAAAGUGGAACGUACAUGGUAAUCAUCUCGAAAUUCAAGCGUUAAGUGAAAUGUACAAUAGAACUAUCGAAGUCUAUUGUUAUCAAAUAGAGCCUAUUAAUAUUUUUAACGGAUCGCGUAUUAACACUGAUGAACCAAUUCGGCUUUCUUAUCAUAGAAUGUGCCACUAUAAUUCGAUUAGUAACCCGAAUAAUCCAUCAGUAGGUGUAGGACUUGGUUUGCCAGCUUAUCAUCCGAUCGAUUUGAACCGUAGAAGAAUGGUGGAUGCUGUUCGUGCUAGCGAAGAACUUUUGAUCGAACAAACUAUGCUCGAAGAUAAAAUUAAAGCCACCGAUUGGGAAGCGACUAAUGAAGCACUUGAAGAAGAAGUUGCUCGAGAAUCGUACAUUCAAUAUUUUCGAGACGCUGAACGUAGAUUGAAACCACAAAGUUCUGCUUGUGCCGGUAGCAGUUCAACGGUUACUUCCGCGGUUUGUUCGAGCCCGAGGGCAAAUCGUAGGGGUUCUAUGUCACCAAAAGGUGGUUCGUCCCCGAAAGGAAACUCUUCACCAAAAGCUAGCUCUCCCAAGAGUCAUAGAAUGAGUCCCAGAAAUUUAAAUCAUUGUGGGAACAAUGAAUUCGAUCCAACUCCUGAAUUACAACCAUCAACAAGUGUUUCAUAUCAGGAGUUUAAUGAAACUAAUAAGGCUUCUAACGCGGAAAUUAGUGACGAAGAUUGGGAUGAUGGAAUAAUGGCUCAGGUUUUAGCCGAAUCUCGGAACACUUAUUUAGAUGAAUUGAAGCGCAAUUCCAAACGUCGAAUUGGAUCCCCAGGACCGUCAACGUCGAGUUAAACGCGAUUAUUUAUAAAAAUGUUAAUUGUUUUUUCUUUUUGUUUGUUUUGAUGGGUCGAAAGGCAAUUUCAUUUUUGCAUAUUUGUGAUAGUAUUGUAUUGCCCUUAUUUUAUCAUCGCUCAAAUUUAUUUUUUAUUUGCUAACAUAUGGAUCAUUCGUUUCUUUUCUCGUUAAUUUCCUUUUCUUUUUUUAAAACAAAUAUAUAUGUUUAAAAAUAAAUAUAACAUACAUGCAUAUAAUAUAGUACAUAUAUAGGAUAUACGCAAUUGGUAUGUUAUUACAAUUACUUACAAUUCAAGUUUUAGAUUCAUAUAUAGAUAUAAAAAUAUCAAUUGUGUAUAUGUAUACCUUACAAAUAGUUAAUAAAUUCUUUUUGUUUUUUUUGCGCACUUUGUAGGAUUAUACAAAGAGUUUACGUUCGUUUUCACGUUUUUUAACAAUCGAAAUGUAUAAUAAAAAAGUACAUUUUGGCCCUGGUGCCAAUUGAUGUCCAUUUCAUUCCCGUUUAAUAUUAUUAUUAUAAUAAAUAUUUGUUUUUUUUCUGUUUUAUUAGAUAGUUUUCAGCAUUACGUCUACGAAGUGUAUUUUUUUUGGAAACUUUUCAAUUAAAAUUUAAUAGUAAUGGA